AUGGCCUCACCGAGUGGAGCUGCAUCGUACAAGAAGAAGGAUGGCACUCUCGCUCUUUCGCAAGAUGAACAGACGCUCACAUGGACCCCGGCAGCUGCAGGGCAGCCGGGUGUCAAUAUUUCUGUCUCUGGAAUUACCAACUUAAAACAAACCCCGGCCACAAAUCCUAAAGUGAUGCUCAAGAUCUUUGCCCUUGCUCCGAAUGCACCGCCUGCCAGUGAGCCGGACCAAUAUGUAUUUCUGUUCACGGCCGGCCCAGACCUAGCGCGCACUCAGGCCGACGCCAUCAAGAACGCAUUGAGCGCAAGAAUGAGUGCAGGAAAAGCGACCACCCCAGCACAAACACCUGUCCCGGGUGCUGUUGGUGCCGGAGGCUUAUCCGCUGCCAUGGCGAUUGCCAAUGCCGUCUCCUCGGCGAGUUCAUCGAAGAACCCGUGGGAUGAUGAUAACAAGCUGAAGGGGGAUGUCGAAUUGCAACAGUCUUUGCUAAAGGCUGACCCGUCACUGCAGCGAAUGUUCAUGGAAUCUAUUCAGACCAAGCCCGACAGCUUGACCUCUGCCCAGUUCAUGUCACAAUUCUGGUCGACGCGACUACAUCUUCUACGAGCGCAUGCGAUUGAGCGCGCACAGACUCGCGGCUCUUACAACGUGCUUUCAUCCCUCAAGCCUCGCGUCGAAGAGAACGUGACCCGAUUGAAUAUCAGCAAGGAGCAGAUCUCGCUGAUCUUCUCACAACACCCGCUCGUCAAGCGAGUGUACGACGAGAAUGUUCCGAAACUAAGCGAGCAGCAGUUCUGGUCCCGGUUCUUCCAAAGUCGACUGUUCAAGAAGCUGCGUGGGGAGCGUAUCUCUGAGACAGAUGCGACAGAUGCGAUCUUGGAUAAGUAUCUUCGGGAAGAAAAUACGGCUUCUGCUCGCAACGCUUACGUGCCACACUUUAUGGACUUGGCUGGAAAUGAAGUCCACCAUAGUCAACGCCAGGGUAACAGGCCGGACAUGGAUAUGCGGCCCUCGGGUGCCGACAAGGUACCCAUCAUUCGGACUUUGAAUAGCUUGAGCGAGAAGAUCAUGUCCAAUGUUGCCCCGGCCGAUGGAGAUGUGACCGCGCCGAUUGGCAUAGAUGAGGAGACCUGGCAGAGCAUGCAACUUCGGGAUUUGCAGGGCGAUGAAGAGCAGACUCGUGUCACUCUGAAUAUUCGCGAUCAAAAUCGAUUUUUCUCCCAGACCCAGGAGGACGAGCAAGCUCGCGCUUUCGCCAAGCGGGAUCCGGAGCAGGUGCUCAAAACACUUCGAUCUGAUAUUGCACAGAACUUACCCCUCGGAGGCGAUGCUCCACUUCAGAAGCUGGUUGACCCAGGCGAUGAUGAAGACGAGGAGAUGGAGGACGCACCGGCCAGUCAGCGACCCGUUGGUUCGUCCGCCGCCCUCCAUGACGCAUUUGCUCAAAUUCUGGGCGCUGUUCGCGAGCAGCGAGAGCAGACGAAUGAAAAAGCUGCUUCCGACACCUUUGGUCUAUCGCCUGGUCUUUACGACCGGUUGACCUUGACUCAUGCGACGUCAACCGAGUUCCUUCACCAAUUCUGGCACGCUUUUCUUUCUGGCAACCCCGAGCGUGCGGGUGAAGUACAGUCGCUUUCUGAGUCUCUAAGUCGCGCCAUGGAGCGCAUUAAAGCCGUUGCCAAUGACGCCGAAGCUGAGCGGCAGGUGGAGGUGGAUCGAAGAAAACAUGCGGCGCGCGAAUACUACGAAAAGACUAAGCGCAAGCCUCGAUUAAAUUUGGACGACAUUGAAGGUGGCGAGAAAGUGGUGCAUCAGCUGCUGGGUCCAACUAUUCGAGCCUUGGAGGUUGCACUGAAUCGAUACAGAAGCGCCCUGGAAGCGGAAAAGGCGGAAGUAGCUCGAGAAGCAAGUACGCCAGCUAAUUAG